UCUGUCCCUCUUACCUCUAGAUAAGAAUGCACACACCCAGGCACCACCCAGUUCCUAGGACUCAGAUGGGAGCACAAUGAUACCCAACACAGGCAUACAGAUAAAUAGGUGUGUUCCUCUGCCACACACACAAGGCCUUCAGUUAAAUGCAUAUUCUCAGUCUGGACAGAGCCAACAGCAAAUACCAUUAUCAGGACUUCCCCCAAACAAGGGAACUUUUGAACUUUUUCCUUGGAUGUAAUUCAAAGGAAUUGAGAACACAGAGAGUCAUCAGAUUCCUGGUCACUCCAACUUCCCAGCACUUCUCUCUCUUAUCUCUGCUUCACAAGUCACCCCUGGCCCCUCGUCCUUCCCUUUCUGGAAAAAGCCUUGAUUUCUACCUUGCCUCCUUUGGGGAAAUUCUCCCCUUUGUGGACCUCACCAUGUUCUUUUCCUGAGGCCAUUCUGACCAGCCAGAUCCAACUUCAAAACAGGAAGCUCUGUGACAGAGUGCUAUAUGAACCCAAGUAGGAAAUAGGUGUGACCCCACACACACACCCAGGCACUGCCCAGGACUUGAGAGCAUUCGUUAGCCCUGGGUACUUAUCUUGGAGCCACUGCUGCUGACAGAGAGUCCGGGCCCUGUACUCUGCCUUCCCUGAACCUGCAGUGCCAUGGGGAACUGUCUGCACCCAGAGCAGGUGGACACAAGUGAACUUCAAUUUAUUUUGGACAACUGGAAUUUAACGGAUGAGGAUAACAUCUCCUACGAAAAUCUGGAUUACUACAGCGUGGAGGCAGCUGCUCCCUGCCACUCCUGCAACCUGCUUGAGAAGUUUUCACUGCCCUUCUUCAUCCUCGCCGGUGUCUUAGGCAUGCUGGCAAGCAGUGUGGUCCUCUUCGCAAUUCUCAGACCCCUCUUUCACUGGCAGAUCUGCCACAGCCGGGCCAUUCUGGCACAGUUGGCAGUAGGCAGUGCCCUCUUCAGUAAUGCGGUGCUCAUCCUGACACCAGGCUUAAAUACUGCCCGGAGCACAGCCCUGUGUGGCCUGGGCUCCUGGGUCUGGUAUACUUCAGCUUUUGCCCAGGCUCUGCUGAUUGGAUGCUAUGCAUGCCUGAACCCCAAUCUGAGUAUGGGUCAAAUUCGUGGCCUUACCUUGGGACUUACUGUGGGACUUUGGGGAACAGCUGGUCUCUUAGGGAUACCAGUCACCCUGGCCAGUGAUGUUUACAAUGGUGUCUGCACCCUUCCGUCCAGUAGGGACCUGGAAGCUUUAAAGUACACACACUCCGCGAUCUGCUUUAUCAUCUUCAAUGUAUUGCCUCUGGCCCUUUUGACAGCCAAGGGGCUGAAGAAGUCACUGAACAAGGGUCUAGGCCCCUGGGUUAGUGUCCUGUGGGUCUGGUUCAUUUUCUGGUGGCCUCAUGGCAUUGUUCUCAUAUUCGAUACUUUGGUGAGGUCCAAAAUCAUACUUUUGCAAUCGUGUCCAUCCCAGCAGAUUCUUGAUGUAAUUUCGGACCUGGCAGAAGCACUGUCUGUAUUACACUGCGUGGCUACACCCCUGCUCCUGGCCCUGCUCUGCUACCAGACCACCCGUAAAUCUUUGCCCUCUCUGUCUCUCCCCACAAGACAGUCUUCUCAUGUGGAGGUCUCUGUAUGCAAAUCCUAGUUCCUUAUCCACAUGUCAACUUAAAUUAAAGUCUACACUGCUUUUAUGAA